CGGACUUCACCGCGCAGGCGGCCGCGGGCACGGGGCGAUGUCUGCCGGGGCGCAGCCGCUCGCGCCGCGCUGGUGCUUCUGGGCCGCGUUGGGGAUGCUGUGGUCCCCGGCGUCGCGGGCGUUCAACCUGGACGCGGACGGGGCCACGGUGUACAGCGGCCCCCGGGGCAGUUACUUCGGCUACGCGGUGGACUUCCACCUCCCUGACGCUCGCACAGCCAGUGUCCUGGUGGGGGCCCCCAAAGCCAACACCAGCCAGCCGGACAUCGUGGAAGGGGGAGCCGUGUACUACUGUCCUUGGCCGCCCGAGGGGUCUGCGCCCUGCAAGCAGAUACCCUUUGACACCACCAACAACAGAAAGAUCAGAGUUAAUGGAACUAAAGAACCUAUAGAAUUUAAAUCGAAUCAAUGGUUUGGAGCAACAGUGAAAGCUCAUAAAGAGAAAGUCGUGGCCUGUGCACCUUUAUAUCACUGGAGAACUCUUAAACCGUCACCAGAAAAGGACCCAGUUGGUACCUGCUAUGUAGCAAUUCAGAAUUUCAGUGCAUAUGCUGAGUACUCCCCUUGUCGGAACAGCAAUCUUGAUCCUGAAGGCCAGGGUUACUGCCAAGCAGGAUUUAGUCUGGAUUUUUAUAAGAAUGGAGACCUCAUAGUAGGUGGACCUGGAAGUUUUUACUGGCAAGGUCAGUUGAUCACCACCAGUAUUGCCGAUGUCAUUGCAAAUUAUUCAUUCAAGGACAUUCUACGGACACUGGCUGGAGAAAAGCAGACAGAAGUGGCUCCUGCUUCCUAUGAUGACAGCUACCUUGGGUACUCAGUUGCUGCUGGGGAAUUUACUGGAGACUCUCAGCAAGAACUGGUUGCUGGAGUUCCAAGAGGAGCACAGAACUUUGGAUAUGUCUCAAUCAUUAACUCUACAGAUAUGACUUUUAUUCAGAAUUUCACUGGUGAACAGAUGGCAUCUUAUUUUGGAUAUACUGUUGUAGUAUCAGAUGUUAACAGUGAUGGAAUGGACGACAUAUUGAUUGGCGCGCCCCUCUUUAUGGAACGCGAAUUUGAGAGCAACCCGAGAGAAGUGGGGCAGGUCUACCUGUACCUGCAAGUGAGCGUCCUCCUCUUCCGAGACCCUCAGGUCCUCAGGGGCACCGAGACUUUCGGGAGAUUCGGCAGUGCUGUGGCGCAUCUGGGGGACCUGAACCAAGACAGAUACAAUGACAUCGCCAUUGGCGUACCCUUUGCUGGCGAGGAUCAGAGAGGCAAAGUGCUCAUUUACAAUGGGAAUCAGGAUGGCUUAAACAUCAGACCUUCCCAAAUUCUGCAAGGACUGUGGGCCUCACAGACAGUCCCUUCUGGAUUUGGCUUUGCUUUAAGGGGGGACGCGGACAUAGACAAGAAUGAUUACCCAGAUCUACUUGUGGGUGCAUUUGGAACAGGAAAAGUGGCUGUUUACAGAGCAAGGCCGGUUGUGACUGUGGACACCCAGCUUCUCUUGCACCCAGUGAUUAUCAAUCUUGAAAACAAAACUUGCCAGAUCCCAGAAUUGGUGACACCUGUGGCAUGCUUUUCUUUAAGAGUAUGUGCAUCUGUAGCAGGCCAGAGCAUUCCAAAUACAAUAGCACUGGUGGCUGAGUUGCAGUUAGAUUUCCUGAAACGAAAAGGAGCCAUCAAACGGACACUCUUCCUCCGUAACCGUCAGCCCCAUCUCGUCUUCCCUCUGCUGAUUAAGAGGCAGAAAGCCCUCCAGUGCCAGGAUUUCAUCAUUUACCUUCGAGAUGAAACUGAAUUCCGAGAUAAAUUAUCUCCAAUCAACAUUAGUUUGAAUUACAGUUUGGACGACUCCACCUUUAAAAAAGGCCUGGAAGUGAAACCAAUAUUAAACUACUACAGGGACAAUGUGCUUACUGAACAGGCUCACAUCCUGGUGGACUGCGGAGAAGAUAAUCUAUGCAUUCCCGACUUGAAGCUGUCAGCUAGACCAGAUAAGGAUCAGAUUAUCAUUGGAGAUGAAAAUCACCUUACACUCAUAAUAAAUGCAAGAAAUGAAGGGGAAGGAGCCUAUGAAGCUGAACUCUUUGUGAUGAUCCCAGAAGAGGCAGAUUAUGUUGGCAUUGAACGCAAUAACAAGGGAUUUCGGCCCCUGAGCUGUGAGUACAAAAUGGAGAAUGUGACCAGGAUGGUGGUGUGUGACCUCGGGAACCCUAUGGUGGCUGCAACAAAUUAUUCUAUGGGCCUCCGAUUUGCAGUUCCACAUCUGGAGAAAACAAACAUGAGCAUUAACUUCGAUCUCCAAAUCAGAAGUUCCAAUAAGGACCAUUCGGAUAGCAAUUUUGUGAGUCUGCAAAUCAACGUCACUGCUGUUGCUCAAGUAGAAAUAAGAGGAGUAUCCCACCCUCUGCAAGUUGUUCUGCCCAUUCAUAACUGGCAACUGGAGAAGGAGCCCCGCAAAGAAGAGGAAGUUGGGCCAUUGGUGGAGCAUAUUUAUGAGCUGCACAAUAUUGGACCAAGCACUAUCAGGGACGCCAUUUUGGAGGUGGGCUGGCCAUUCUCCUCGCGGGAUGAGUUUCUUCUCUAUAUUUUUCAUAUUCAAACUCUGGGACCUCUGCGAUGUCAAACAAAUCCUGAUAUCAAUCCACAGGAUAUAAAGCCGGCUGCCUCCCCAGAGGAUACCCCUGAGCUCAGUGCCUUUUUGCGAAAUUCUACUAUCCCUCAUCUUGUCAGGAAGCGAGAUGUGCCUGUGCUCCAGCUCCACAGACAGAGCCCUGCAAAAAUACUGAACUGUACAAAUAUUGAGUGUUUACAAAUCUCCUGUGUGGUGGGGCAACUAGAAAGAGGUGAGAGCGCCGUCCUGAAGGUCAGGUCACGACUAUGGGCCCACACGUUCCUCCAGAGGAAAAAUGAUCCCUAUGUUCUUGCAUCCCUGGUGUCCUUUGAAGUUAAGAAGAUGCCUUACAGAGAUCAGCCAGCAAAACUUCCAGAAGGAAGCAUAGCAAUUAAGACGUCAGUUAUUUGGGCAACUCCAAAUGUUUCCUUCUCAAUCCCAUUGUGGGUCAUAAUACUGGCAAUACUUCUGGGAUUGUUGGUUCUGGCCAUUUUGACCUUAGCUUUAUGGAAGUGCGGAUUCUUUGAUAGAGCAAGACCUCCUCAGGAUGAUAUGGCCGACAGGGAACAGCUGACCAGUGACAAGACCCCAGAGUCAUGACAAAGAAAAACAAAGACUCUCUUCAAAGCAAAGAAAGGACAAAGGGGCUAAAUAAUAAUAGCUUUCCUGUGCCUGCCAGUGAGCUAGGAAAUGGAAGGGCCCUGAGAUUAUCACCUCAUCUACUCUGCUCUUUGGGGAAGGAAGUUUCCAUGGAGCCCAGAGGACCGUCUUGGAAAUGGAAAUGACAACACUAGAAGCAGUCUGCAGUCUUGGAAGAUUUCUUUUGCUUUCCUCAUUCCAUAUUUGGCAGACAUACUGAAAUGGGCACUGGAACUUGAGUUGCAAAGAUGAAACAUCUGAAUUAGUACAGAAUUUAGAGAGUGAAUUAAGACUGAACUCUCCAACACUACUGUAUCCAACAGAACAUUCGACACCUCCCUCUGGAAAAGAAACGUUUCUAAUGGUGUGAUGGCUCAGGGAGACAAGCAAUAUGUUGUUGGUACUGUGAAAGUACUCUUGAAAUGACAAAGAUAAUUUCAUAAGCGAGGAUAAAGUUUUAUUUAUUUAUUUUCCAUAUCUCUAGGUUGAGAUUCUGGUUGUCUGGAGGAUUUGGAAAUUAAGAUUUGCUUAGCUAGUAUUCAGAAUCACUUACUUCACUUCCUUCCUAUGAUAACCACUUUGUUCAGAUAACUCAUUUAACAGAGCUUUUUCAAAAUUUAGACAGUAUUAAAGAAAAGUAAAUUGGUAUUAGGAGUCAGUUUGCUUAAUUCCUUGCCUCUUUCUACCUGGAAUUACUCUUAUUCACACCAUCCAGGCACUCAUUUCUGCUCAAUUUAGCUUGACAAAAUGUUGCAUUUAUAUUUCCUUAUAUAUAUAAAGAUCUUUUCACUGAUUUAGUUAAAAUAUGAAUUUCAAGGUACUCACCACUCUGUGUGGUAUUUAAAAGUAAUAGUAAAAAUGUCUAGAGUCCAUUAAUAAAAAAUUAAAACUAUAGGUAAAUAUUAUUUUAAUAACUAUAACAAGCAGCACCAAUACUUAGCUUGGAAUUAAAUAAUUUUUCCCUGCUAUACCUCAUACUUAGAUCUACAGAGAAAACAUACUGAGCAUAAAUAGGAUGCAAACAUAAAGUUCUACAGGUGUGAGACAAUCCCAGAAAACGGAGUCCUAAGGAUUUUUAUUUAAAAUAGUUUAUUCCAACUUUAUUACUCAUUCUUACUGCUCAUCUUUAUAGUACAUAUCCUUGGAGAAUGAUCUUUUCUUUAAGCUAGUUUUCCCUUCAUCUUUAAUUUAACCAUCAUUAAAAUGUGUUGUUUAACACCCUUGUAAAUAAUCCAUAAUCAUGUGAAAUGUCAUCAUUUUGAAGAAAAACUGACCAGCCAAAUCCAUAGGUAGUCUUCGAAAUUCUGUAUCCUUUUUAUAACAAUGAAAAGUUACUAUGAAGAAGUGCUGAACAAAUUUUUGUGUGCAAUAUUAUAGAACUAUGUAUCGAAGGCAUGUUUACACUGGCAUUAGUUAUUUUUAAAUGAAUAUCCGGGAUAUUAAGUAUGAUAGAACAAGCUGACCAAGACUCUUAAGUUUACAAAGCAAUUGGAAAAAUCUGUGUCCCAGUUUCAACAAUCACACUUUAUUUGAAAGAUGAACCAAACUCACAGACACUAAAUUUUAUGUGGUGCCUUAACCUGGAGAGGAGCCAUUUGGCUCCAGCUGCAGAACCGCAUUGGAAAGCGAGCCAAAGGCGCAUGGAAGAACACACAUUGCAGUUCAUCUUCUUCCUGCUUGUGAAUUAAAUGCUGCCGUGGUAGCUGUCUGGUGCCUGUCAGUUGAAUUCUCCUCCCAUUCUGCAGGCACUUGCCUCAAAGAAUUUCAGGGUCCCCCACCAGCUCUUAGGGUCUCCUUUGUUAGUCCUAUAGAUAGACCCAGCUUUACAAGUAGGUGACCCUGUGUAUGAUACGAUUUGAGGAAUGCCAGACAGCUCUAUCUGCCCUAGAUGAUGUCCUAAUUGUUAUCGUGUCUGACUUGUGACCAAGAGAAAUUAGCUCCCUAGAAUCUUUGCUGAUAAAAGGUCCCUGAGAGAAUGCACCCUAUGCCUUAAAGAUAGUUAUUUGUGAAGGAAUUCAUAAGUCCUAGAGCCAACCACAGGGGUCUGAGGAUUCAUCCUGCAGACACCUGGAAGAAACCUUAGAUGCCAGCAGAAGACUGGGACCCAGAGUACAGCAGAGCAGAGGGGCUUCCAAAGCAAACCAUGGCUUCCCAGGCUCAGCCUACCUAAAGGGAUGGCAGGGGACUGUGACACACAGUCACGUGGUGGCCUCUGCCCCUUAGAAUGUGGGCGUGAACAAGGCAGGGAGAAAACUGAGGUCAGGUGAGCCCUCCAGUGAUGAGUCUUCCACAUCUCCUCCACAUGGAGGAGACACAUCGCACAGAGUGUACAAUGGGAACAGCAUUGUCCAUUUCUUCAUAAUGUGCUGAGUCUUAGCACCUCCUUUUCUUUUCAAAGAAAUCCUUUUUCCAAUUCUUGCAGCUGUUUUUUAGGACACAGGAAAAUAGGAAAAUCGAGUUUUAUAAACUUGGGGAUUUUUAUACAGUAAAUAAGUAACAUAUACUAGUCACCACUGAAGCUCUACUCUUAAAACCUACCUUUUUUUAUUUAAACACAUGUAUAGAUAUCUGUGAAGAUUUUCAUGUAACUAUGUACCUUGUCACUAAUAAAAUUAAAACUUAAAGACA